GUGUCGGGCCCUUUUCGUCGGAAGCACUGUUUCUGAAAACUCUCCCUCUAAGUUACUCUCCUCGCAUUCUGUUCAUCUGAAGCAUUUGUGUUGUGCUCUGCUCCUUCGCCGUUUGUUGAAGACCGGCAAUAUAAUGAGCGGCGAUAGCCGAAGGCGAGGCCGGGCAGACAACAGUAGGUCGAAGAAGCAGAGGAUAAUCCGGUCCGCCGAGGAGGAGAUCGAAUCAAAGCUUGGGUUUGAUCUUUUCUCUGAAGGCGAUAAGAGGCUUGGAUGGUUGCUCACUUUUGCUUCUUCAGCUUUGGAGGAUCAGGACACCGGAAAGAUCUAUAGCUGUAUCGAUCUUUAUUUUGUGGCACAGGAUGGCAGCAGUUUCAAGUCAAAAUAUAAGUUUCGUCCUUACUUCUAUGCAGCGACAAAGGACAAAAUGGAAACUGAUGUGGAGGCUUAUUUGAGACGACGUUAUGAAGGUCAAAUAGCUGAUAUUGAGAUUUUAGAAAAAGAAGACCUUGAUCUUAAGAAUCAUCUGUCUGGCUUGCGCAAGGCAUAUUUAAAGCUAUCAUUUGACACUGUUCAAGAAUUGAUGAACGUGAAGAGUGAAUUGUUGCGAGUUGUUGAAAGCAAUUGGGCAAAGUCUGAUGCUGCAGAAGCAUAUGAUUCUAUUUUAUUUGGGAAAAGGGAACAAAAGCCUCAAGAUUUUGUAGAAUGCAUUGUUGAUCUUCGAGAGUAUGAUGUUCCUUACCAUGUUCGCUUUGCUAUUGAUCAUGAUGUGCGCUGCGGACAAUGGUACGAUGUUAGUGUAUCAAGCACUGGUGUUUCACUUGAGAAGAGAAAAGAUCUUCUGCAACGUGCUGAAGUUCACAUAUGUGCAUUUGAUAUCGAGACCACAAAGCUACCAUUAAAAUUUCCAGAUGCUGAAUAUGACAUGAUAAUGAUGAUUUCCUAUAUGGUUGAUGGACAUGGGUACUUGAUUAUCAACAGAGAGUGUGUUGGAGAAGAUAUCGAGAAUUUGGAGUACACUCCAAAACCAGAAUAUGAAGGGUUCUUUAAAGUGACCAAUGUGAAAAAUGAGUUAGAGCUUCUCAAAUUUUGGUUUGCCCAUAUGCGAGAGGUGAAACCUGGUAUCUAUGUUACCUACAAUGGCGAUUAUUUUGACUGGCCAUUCAUUGAAAGCAGAGCAGCGUAUCAUGGAUUUAAAAUGAGUGAUGAAGUAGGAUUUCAAUGCGACAAGAAUCAGGGGGAAUGCCGUUCUAAAUUUGCUUGUCAUUUGGAUUGCUUUGCGUGGGUUAAGCGUGAUAGUUAUCUUCCUCAGGGUAGCCAAGGUUUGAAGGCCGUUACAAAAGCUAAAUUGGGUUAUGAUCCUCUUGAAGUGAAUCCCGAGGAUAUGGUGCGGUUUGCAAAGGAAAAGCCUCAGAUGAUGGCGUCCUAUUCGGUUUCAGAUGCUGUUGCUACAUACUACUUGUACAUGACCUAUGUUCAUCCUUUCAUUUUUUCUCUAGCAACUAUUAUUCCGAUGUCACCAGAUGAGGUGUUGCGCAAAGGAAGUGGGACCCUUUGUGAGAUGCUUCUAAUGGUUCAGGCUUACCAGGCUAAUGUUGUGUGUCCUAACAAACAUCUAUCAGAUCCAGAGAAAUUCUAUAACAACCGGCUUCUUGAAAGUGAGACAUACAUAGGUGGUCAUGUAGAAUGCCUGGAGAGUGGUGUAUUUAGAUCCGACCUUCCUACCAGUUUUAGGCUUGAUCCAUCUGCCUAUGAUCAAUUGAUAAACAAUCUGGAUCGAGAUCUGCAGUAUGCCAUACAAGUAGAAGGAAAAACAGACUUGGAGUUAGUGUCAAAUUAUAGUGAUGUGAAGAAUGCAAUCAUGGAAAAGCUUAUUAGAUUGCGGGAUGAGCCUGUACGUGAAGAGGGCCCUCUGAUAUAUCACCUUGAUGUAGCUGCAAUGUAUCCCAACAUUAUUUUAACAAAUAGACUUCAGCCGUCGUCAAUAGUUACAGAUGAGGUUUGCACUGCUUGUGAUUUCAAUCGUCCUGAGAAAACUUGUCUACGAAAACUUGAAUGGGUUUGGCGUGGAGAAGUAUUCAUGGCUAAAAAAAGUGACUAUUAUCAUCUGAAGAAUCAAAUUGAGUCUGAGUUUGUUGAUAGCGGUAGUGCUCGGUUGUCAAAAUCAUUUCUUGAACUUCCAAAGUUGGAGCAGCAAGCAAAGCUCAAAGAACGUUUAAAGAAAUACUGUCAGAAGGCUUAUAAACGAGUACUUGAUAAGCCAGUCAAUGAAGUUCGAGAAGCAGGGAUCUGCAUGAGAGAAAACUCUUUCUAUAUUGACACUGUUCGUAGUUUUCGAGAUAGAAGGUACGAAUACAAAGGGCUCAAUAAAGUAUGGAAGGGAAAAUUAUCAGAAGCUAAAGCGAGUGGAAAUUCGAUCAAGAUCCAGGAAGCACAAGACAUGGUAGUUCUUUAUGAUUCUCUACAACUCGCUCAUAAAUGUAUCCUCAACUCCUUUUAUGGAUAUGUGAUGCGAAAGGGUGCUCGAUGGUAUUCAAUGGAAAUGGCUGGGGUAGUUACAUAUACUGGAGCAAAAAUCAUUCAGAAUGCUCGUCUGUUAAUUGAAAAAAUUGGAAAACCAUUGGAGUUAGACACCGAUGGUAUCUGGUGUGCGCUACCUGGAUCAUUCCCAGAAAACUUUACCUUCAAAACAAAAGAUCUGAAGAAGUUGACAAUUUCAUAUCCAUGUGUAAUGCUUAAUGUUGACGUGGCAAGGAACAACACAAAUGACCAGUAUCAGACGCUUAUAGAUCCUGUGAAGAAAAUAUAUAAAACACAUAGUGAAUGCUCAAUUGAAUUUGAAGUAGAUGGACCAUACAAGGCAAUGAUCCUUCCUGCUUCCAAAGAAGAAGGCAUUUUGAUCAAGAAAAGAUAUGCUGUCUUCAAUGAUGAUGGAACACUUGCAGAGCUAAAAGGCUUUGAGAUUAAGCGUAGGGGGGAGUUAAAGCUCAUCAAAGUUUUCCAGGCUGAACUUUUUGACAAGUUUCUUCACGGUUCCACCUUAGAAGAAUGCUAUUCAGUUGUUGCAUCUGUUGCAAAUCGCUGGCUAGAUCUUCUAGAUAAUCAAGGAAAAGAUAUUGCAGAUAGCGAGUUGCUUGAUUAUAUAUCUGAAUCCAGUACCAUGAGCAAAUCUUUGGCAGACUAUGGAGAGCAGAAGUCUUGUGCUGUUACCACCGCAAGACGUCUUGCAGAUUUUCUUGGUGAUACAAUGGUCAGAGAUAAAGGCCUACGUUGUCAAUAUAUAGUUGCAUGUGAACCUAAGGGAACACCUGUAAGUGAGCGUGCUGUUCCAGUUGCAAUCUUUGAGACUGAUGCAGAGAUUAUGAAAUUCUAUGUACGUAAAUGGUGCAAGAUUUCAUCUGAAGUUGGCAUCCGAUCCAUCAUUGACUGGUCCUACUACAAGCAACGUCUAAGCUCAGCCAUUCAAAAAAUUAUAACAAUUCCAGCAGCCAUGCAAAAGGUUGCAAAUCCUGUUCCUAGGGUUGUCCAUCCUGAUUGGUUACAUAAGAAAGUUCGUGAGAAGGAUGAUAAAUUUCGCCAACAGAAAGUAGCUGAUAUGUUUGCAUCCUCAAACAGAGGUAAGCAUUCAAAGAAGAAUAGUGAUGUCAGCUGCAGCAAGCAUGUGGUGAAUGAAGAUAAUUCUGACGAUUUAGAAGAUUUUCAAAAGAAAACAAAUUCUACAAAUGGCCCCAAACCAGUUGCCCGAUGUUAUGAUGUCAGAGGAAUGAAACAUUCAAGUACAAGCUAUAGCGAAAUAAACUCCAAGGUGCAGGAUAAUUUUAAUGAAGGAUGUGAGCCUUCUUCACCUUUGCAUGUUGAAAACAUUGACAAAAAUGUCGAUUACAAUGGAUGGCUUGAAAUGAAGAAGCGAAAGUGGAAGGAUACCUUGGACAAGAGGAAGAAGCAAAAGCUGGUAAGUUUAAGGACUCCAGGUGCUGCUAAUGAUGUAACACGGGAGUUAAAGGGUGCUACGAAUAAUAAAGAGGCUCCUAGAACAGGUGUUGGUUCAUAUUUUAAGAGGCAUGAAGGAUCUAUAACACGCUUCCAUUGGCAGAUUUUACAGCUUGUUCAGAGUUCACAGAGUGGCCAAUAUUUUGCUUGGGCGGUUGUUGAAGGAGUUAUGCUAAAGAUUCCUAUUACUGUUCCUAGAGUUUUUUACCUUAAUUCCAAAGUACCUAUUACAGACGAAUUUGUGGGUAGGCGUGUUAACAAAACGCUUCCCCAUGGAAGGCACAGUUACAACCUUUAUGAGGUUGUGACUGAUGAAGGUCAAUUUAGAACACAGAGGAACAAACUUGCAGCCCUCCUUGCAGACCCAGAAGUAGAGGGAAUCUAUGAAAGCAAGGUACCAUUGGAGUUCAAGUCCAUCCUUCAGAUUGGUUGCGUCUGUAAAGUUGAUAAAACUGCUAAAAAACGAAAUAUUCAAGAUGGAUGGAGUCUGGAUGAACUGCAAAUGAAGACUACAACAGAAUGCAAUUAUCUGGAAAAGCCAAUCUCUUUCUUCUUUGUGUAUCAUAGCAUUUCUGAAGGAAGAGCUAUCUACAUUACUUUUUUUCCCUCCACGAGAUCGAUAGUUGUGGUGAUAGUUAGUCCUUACCAAAACAAAGACUUGUCAUCAACUUUUCUUGAAAGGCAAUUUCGCGAAACUUGUCAAAUACUGUCCGGUGAAUCACAACCAUUUGAGAGUGGUAUAACUUGUAAGGUUGACUAUGUUGUUAACAUCAAAGAAGCUGAAGUGAUUUUGCAAAGAUCGAUAACAGAACACAGGAGCUUAAACCAUGGACCUAUUGUAGCUGUAAUUCAAUGCCCAAAUGUGCAACUGCUGAAGUCAGGUGUUCGAGCAUUAGAUGAUUUUCCAUCCGUGAGCAUUCCUUUUAAUGCUCGGGAUAGCCAAUAUCAGGUUCUUGGUUGGCAACAAACAGCUGCAAAGAUUGGAAUGCAACGUUGUGCUGCAUCAUCCCAAUGGUUGAAUGAGAGAAUCUCUCUUGCAAGAUAUGCCCAUGUACCAUUAGGAAAUUUUGAACUUGAUUGGCUAAUUUUUACAGCAGAUAUAUUUUUUUCAAGAGCACUACACGAUCAACAGCAGGUACUUUGGAUAUCGGAUGAUGGUGUUCCAGAUAUAGGAGGCAUUAACAUGGAAGAUGUGUGUUUUGUGGAUGAGGUCCAACAACCUGUUCUGACGUACCCUGGAGCAUAUAGAAAAGUUUCCGUGGAGCUGAAGAUCCACCAUUUGGCGGUCAAUGCCCUGCUGAAGAGCAGCCAAGUGAAUGAAAUGGAAGGAGGUAGUUUGUUUGGCUUUGAACAUGAUAUGCAAUAUGGAGCCCAACUUUCUAAUGAAGACAGUGGCUUUGAAGAGGCUUCAUCAUCUGCGCCGACAUUUCGUGUCCUGAAACAAUUGAUACAAAGGUGUCUUGCAGAUGCUGUUACAUCUGGAAAUGUAUAUGCUGAUGCAAUUUUGCGGCAUCUGUACCGAUGGAUUUGCAGCCCCCAAUCAAGACUUCAUGACCCUGCUCUUCAUCGCUUACUCCACAAGGUUAUGCAAAAAGUGUUUGCUCUUUUGUUGGCUGAGCUACGUAAAUUAGGUGCCACCAUUAUAUUUGCAAACUUCUCAAAAAUUAUUAUAGACACGGGAAGGUUUGAUCUCCAGACUGCUAAAGCAUAUUGUGAUAGCUUGCUGAAAACAGUGCAAACAAGGGAUCUGUUUGAGUGGAUUGAAUUGGAACCGUUACAGUUCUGGCACUCCCUGUUGUUUAUGGAUCAGUUUAACUACGGUGGAAUCCCAGCAAAAGAUGAUGAGAGCACAGAUAUUGAAUCUCAAGUUGAUAUAGUGGCCAACUGGAACAUUGCUGAAUAUCUACCCAAGAAGAUUCAGGAUCACUUCGUUUUUAUCAUCUCUCAAUUUUUGUAUAUUCCAUGGAAUUAUGCAACCAAACAAGCUGAAGCAAGAGAAUCAUUGCCGCUUGGUGACACAUGUACCCCGUCCAUUACAGUUGCAGCUGCCGAAUCGUUUGAAUAUCAUGUUACAGAACAUCUCAAAGAGCAGCUAAGCUCUUACUUCAGUGACAAACUGUUGGGAAUUGUUCGUGAUAUUGUUCUUCAUAUGAAAGGGAUGGACAAAAACACCCAGGAUAUUUUACCAGAUCAACCUUCGGGUAGCAUACAUAAAGGAGAUGCUGCAUUGGAAUUCAUUAAGCUCGUAUGCGCUGUUUUGGCUCUUGAUCAAAAUGUCCUGCAUGAUGUUCUGGUAAUGAGGAAGAAUUUACUGAAGUAUGUUCGUGUAAGAGAGUUCGCCCCAGAAGCGGAGUUUUCUGAUCCAUGCUCGUCCAUAAUCUUACCAAACGUUAUUUGCAGCUACUGUGAUGAUUGUCGAGAUUUGGACUUGUGCCGUGACUCGGCUUUACUAGCACAAGAAUGGCGCUGCGCCGUGCCACAAUGCGAACAACCAUACAACCGAGAAGUGAUGGAGAACGCUCUGCUUCAAAUCGUGAGGCAGAGGGAGCGCCUCUAUCACCUACAGGAUCUGGUAUGCGUUCGCUGCAAGCAAGUCAAAGCAGCUCAUUUGUCAGAACAGUGUGCUUGUGCUGGCUCAUUUCAAUGCAAAGAUGUGGAAGAUUUCUUCAGCAAGAUGAGGAUUCUCCUCAACGUAGCCACUCGUCAAAAGUUCCAAUUGUUGCAAGAGUUCACCUCCUGGAUCUUAGAAGUCUCAUAAAUUGCUUAAUAAGCUAGCCAUCUAACGAGUUUUCCUAACCAAUACACACAGUGGCUCUCUGCUCAAACCACAUUCCUGUAGUGAUCACAGCUCGGGGUCGCAACAAAGACUUGAGCUUUUCUUAAACAUGGUCGAAAAAGCUCGGUCAGAGCGACCGAGCCUUGAGCACAUGCAUAGCAUAGUUGUAUUUUAUGAUACUGUAUAUUACUACACAAUGGAUCAUGACAUUGUACGAUUAGUUUCUCUCAUUUUUUGUUAGCUAUUUAGUUAUAAUCUUUUACAUUUUGGUUUUUAUGAACAGUAAAGUUGUAUAUAAAUAUUUAUGGAACAAUAAAAUUCGAAUCUGUUUU